UGUUUGGUUGCUCUACUCUGUGUAUUGUAAAGAAAGAGUUUGAAGUUAAUCAUGUCGAGAUCAAUAAAACCAUUGAAACUAUCUGGAGUGAUUGGAGAUGUUCUGGACUUGUUUACUCCAACGAUAAAGAUGAAUGUGUUGUAUGAGAGAAACAUAGAGGUCAACAAUGGCUUCGAGCUCCUGCCUUCCACUCUCGUUUCCCCACCUCAAGUUGAUGUUCUUGAUGGCAAUCAGCGCACUUAUUUCACCUUGAUCAUGACUGACCCAGAUGCCCCUAGUCCCAGCGACCCUGUUGGACGCGAGUAUCUCCACUGGAUAGUGACUGACAUCCCCGGGACACUCUCCAAUUCUUCUGGUCGAGAAAUAGUGAGCUAUGAGAAUCCAAGGCCAAUGGUUGGGAUCCAUCGUUAUGUGUUGGCAUUGUUUGAGCAAAAUGGGAAGGGAACAGUUGAUCCUCCUCCAUCUCGCCACCAUUUCAACACCAGGGAAUUUGCAGACAGUAAUGAACUGGGAUUGCCCGUUGCUGCUGUCUACUUCAAUGCCCAAAGAGAGACUGCAGCUCGAAGGCGUUGAAAUCUUAUCUUCAAUCUCUGCUAUCUUAUUUCACUUCCUUUCUGUGCAUUCUCUUCUUGUGCAGGUUGAGA